AUGAAGGACAGUAAUAGUGCAGUUCAGCCACAUGAGGUGGAAGAAUGUAGAGGUGUUCUUAGGGUGUAUAGUGAUGGAACUAUAGUAAGAUCAAGUAAGCCAAGUUUUGAAGUAGCAAUACAAGAUGAUGGUUCAGUUCUUUGGAAAGAUGUUGUAUUUGACGCCAUGCAUAAUCUUCAACUCCGGCUCUACAAGCCGGCUUUGGCCACUUCGGCUACUAAGCUGCCCAUCUUCUACUACAUUCAUGGGGGUGGCUUUUGCAUCGGCUCUCGGACGUGGCCAAAUUGUCAAAACUAUUGUUUCAAGCUUGCUUCUGAGCUCCAAGCCGUGGUUAUCUCCCCCGACUAUCGGUUGGCUCCUGAGAACCGGCUCCCAGCUGCCAUUGAAGAUGGUUACAUGGCUAUGAAAUGGCUCCAAGAUCAAGCCGUGUCUAAUGAGCCGGACACGUGGCUUACAGAUGUUGCUGACUUUAGCCGGGUGUUUAUUUCAGGUGACUCAGCCGGUGGUAACAUCGCACAUAAUUUGGCAGUUAGGCUUAAAGCUGGAUCAGCCGAGCUGGCGCCGGUUCGAGUUAGGGCUUAUGUAUAUUUGCUUCCUUUCUUUGGAGGGACUACAAGGACAAAGUUUGAAGCUGAGGGACCUAAAGAAGCUUUCUUAAACAUUGAGCUCAUUGACAGAUUUUGGAGGCUAUCAAUACCAAUAGGGGAAACAACUGACCAUCCACUUGUGAACCCAUUUGGGCCCAACAGUCCAGACUUGGAAAAGAUUGAUCUUGACCCAAUUCUUGUGAUUGUUGGAGGAUGUGAUCUUCUUAAAGACAGAGCUGAAGACUAUGCAAAGAGAUUGAAGGAAUGGGGAAAGAAGAUUGAAUAUGUGGAGUUUGAAGGACAACAACAUGGUUUUUUCACUAUUUAUCCCAAUUCAGAUCCUUCCAACAAGUUGAUGCUCACUAUCAACAAGUUCAUUCAAGACAAUUCUUCUUAGGAAGAAACAGGAAAUUUGCUAAUAAAGUUUGGUUUUUA